GUUACAAAGAGGCCCGCCAGGGGGGCCAAACUGCCAAACCAUCCAUCCAUCCAAGGCUUUGGCUUUGCUUUGCUGGCUUUGCCUUUGCCUCCUUGACGUUUCGCUAGUUUCGCGUUUCUUGACGGCUUUACGGUUGAAGGUGCCACAACUAGUGCCAGCGUUUCAUUUUUUACCUUGCUCGUUUGUAGACAUUAUUCGGUUCUUGAUUUUUUUUAAAUUUGCGUUGCUUACUUGGGAUCUGCUUUGGUGUCAGUUGCGUGUGUGUGGCGUAGCAUAGGCACCCUGCUUUCAGAGCCAUGUCCCUCGAACAAACAGCUUGCGAGGAUCUGAAGGCUUUCGAAAGAAGGCUCACUGAAGUAAUUGGGUACCUGAAUCCACAAACCAAACGUUGGAGAGUUAUUCUCUUUCUAAGCUCUGUUUGUACAGCAAUUGGUGCUUGGCAAUGGCUCAUGGACCCAGUUACAUCAAAGGCUACAUUUCUCCAGUCACUGAUGAACCACAUGUUCUUCACCAUUAGUAGCAUCAUACUGGUGAUUCUGUUUCUUAUGGGAAUUCAUAAGAGAGUUGUUACACCCUCAAUUAUUGUCUCACGGGUCCGUAAUGUACUUCAAGAUUUUAACAUGUCCUGCGAUGAUAGUGGACGACUAAUCCUGCGUCCUAGACCAACAGCUUCCUGAUGACAACCGACACCUGCCUUGAAUGGGACUGACCUCUUCAUUACAAUCCCAUGAUGUGUGAAGGAUGCUGCAAAGCAGUUCUCCAAGAACUUCACUUGAAGCACAGAGGACAAAAGAACCAGUGCACUGGUGCCCAUCAUUCCGAAUUGUGGUGUGCAAACUAGACAGAGUUUAGAACACCGCACAGUGUGUUGUUGGUGUACGUUCUUCCAUUGGCAGGUAGAAUUUAGUGAAAGUUUAGAUCCAGUGCCAGUAAAAGUUAAAAUUUUAUUCAUAGAUCACCUUAUACCAUCCAACUGCUGUUUAAUGUAGAAGUGAAGUUGUGCCCAGUGAGCUUUUCAGACUUAUCAAAAACACAAGGAAGAUACUUUCAAAUUUAGGGCAUCUCACGUAAAAUUGUGCAACUGGCAAUGCACCUUCAAACUUACCGGGAGGAAUCCUAUCAGGGGGGUCUACGCAUCAUUUUGGCCAGUACUGUACAGGUUACCACAAGCUGGCAUCCCAAGACAGAAAUCCGAGCGACCCCUCAUGGGGUUCACAUUAGCUAAUUAUAUUACAUUUUCACUUCAAACGCCUGUCUAUUUGAGCUUAGUUUUGUUAUUUUAUCGAAAUAAAUGCUGAACUAGGCUAGUUAAAGGUAUCUGCUAAGCAAAAGGUCCAUGGAUAGUUGCCACUGGAGGUAGUUGCCCAACACAUGCAUUCAAAGCAGACUUAUAGGUUCACGAAACCUUCAGUGAUUUCAUAGCCACAGUGUGUGGUGGUGUGCCUGGACUUUACCCAUAAUAAAGUAUCAUUCCAAAAAGA